AUGGCAUGGGGUCCCCUGACCGGCCUCCCAUGGGGUGCUCCCAUCCCUCUGCUUCUCCUCACAGCCUUCUGCACCACUCUGCACCGAUACAACCCCAGGCGGAGGGAUUUCCCGGUGGGAGUGUCGUUCGGGUGGUACAUACUGCAGGCGGAAGACGCGGACGAUGAGCCGCCACCAGCGGACGCGCACAAGGGCGGAAGAGGCGGAGGGGGAGGGGGAGGGGGAGGGGGAGGCGGCGGCCACCGCCAGUCGCUUUUCUCCGAUAGUGACUACUCUGAUUCAGAGUUCGCGUCGUCGCGCCAGGCCACGCGGCUGUCCGCUAUUGGCGGCGGCGGCGCCGCCGGCGGAAGCGGAGCAGGAGGAGCUCCACCGGGAGGAGCGCUGGCAGCGGCGGCGCGCGCGGCAUACCAGUCAUCCGCAGGUCCGGGCGGGGGCGUGGGGGUAGGCAAAGGCGGAGCCAUCCCGCAGGGAAUGCGGCCAGGCGGACUCGCCACAGGUCUCCUCUCCACCAUGGUUGGCGCAAUGGCAGGGGGAGGGGCGAAACCCGUAGCAGCAGGCGCAGGCGCAGGCGCAGGCGCAGCGGGAGCGGGUUCCGCGAAGCCCGCGGGGGGCGGGCUGCUGCGGCUGUGGCAGGGGGGGAAGCUGUACGACGCGCCGCCGUCAGGGCAGGAUCUUAGGGUUAGCUGGCGCGCCAACGGGCUGUUUCACGACACUAUAUCGGACGCGAUGAGCUCUAUAACGAGUUUUUCUGCCGUAGGAGAGGAGGACGAGGAUCAGCUAUUAGUAGUGAACGUGGAAAUGGACAAUCUGCCCGCGCGCGCCCCGCAGGCGGACAAUCUCCUCCCCCCGUCCGCGCUUCCCCCGGCUGCUGCGCCCCCAGGCGCGGUUCCGCGCCAGGGCAGUCUGGGGGCGGCGGGGCUGCCGUCCAUGGGGCUAGCGAAGCAGCACAGCCUCAGAUCGGAUCCGGGAACCGUUCCAGGGGCGGGCGGAGCGGGCGUAUCCGGGGCAGGUGUUUCUGGGGGAGGUUUAUCCGGGGCAGGUGCAUCUGGAGCGGGGCGGUCUGACCGAGACGUGACGUUGCUUGAGAUGUUGGCGCACGUGGGAUCGCGGCUGUUUGAAGCGGUAGGAAGCGCGGAGGAAGGGGGAGGCGCAUCUGGGGUAGGUCACAGCGGUGGGUUGGACAACCCGACGAGAGACCACAGCGGGAGUUUGGCCAGGUCGUCAGCAUCAACAGCAAGGAGCAGGGUGGCUGCUGCUAGUGCAGCUGCAGUGGCGAAAGGGUUUCCGGCGUUUUUCAAGUAUUUCGCGUAUGGGAUUGACAGGCAGACGAUUGAGGAGGAAGGGGAGGAUAUACCGUCGUGCGGGCUGGCAGGGUUGUUUGUCCCUGGGUCGAAGAAAAAAGCGGUGCUGAUUCGGUGGAGUAGAGGCGGGAACAGGCGGACUGGACUGGCAAUUUUCUUUCCCAGCAGCAGCAGCUUGAAUUCUGCUGCUGACAGUAACGUUUCAGGGGAGGGGCGGUUGGCGCGGGCGCUGCCUGUGUGGGCGGUGGAGGAGGUGAUAGAAGGGGAGGUGGAGGAGGAGAGGGCGGAGCGAGCGUUGCUGGGGGACUGGGGUCCUGGAGAUGAGGGGAUGAUGGGCAGAGAAGCAGGGGGAGGAGGGGGAGGGGGCGGGGUUGGUGCAGGGAUGAGUGGGGGAGUGAGUGCGGGGGUGAGUGCGGGGGUGAGUGCAGGUGUGAGUGCAGGGAGUGCAGGAGGGAGUUCGGGGUUGGAUGUGCUAGUGGGGUUGAGGCCAAGAGCGAGUGGCACGUGCUGUGUGGCGUAUAGAGAGGAUGAGCUGGGGCGAGUGCGAGGCGUGGUGUUACAGCAUCAGGGCGUGGUCAACAUGCCCGCGCACCUCUUUGAGCUUUUCACUGCCUUUGAUGUCGGCGCCGCUGCUGCCAUCUGCCCUUCCCCUCUCGAACCGUUUUCUCCCAGUGCCACUUCUGCUUAUAACGAAUCUGCUUAUAGCGGAGCAGGAGGAGCAGGAGCAGGAGCUCUUACUGCUGCUGCUGUUGGUGCUCAUGAGUCUGCUAUGGUGCACGCACAGGCCUGUGCAGAACUUUCCUCAGAAGCUUCCCUCCUGGGCGUCUCCGGGCUGCUCACGCUGCCAAGUGUCGCGAUGUGGUUGGAGCCUCGGUCGCUCCCGAGCCUGCGCUGGGUGGCCUUCUCAGGCGAGCCCGUACCUCGAGCUCUGGUUUGGCGCUGGCUUCGGGCCGGACGUGUGGUGGUAGAUAUUUACGGGGCUGUGGAGUGCUCCCUAGCUGCCACGUGUGCAGUCUGGCGACCUGGCGACAGGGUGGCGGAUACGAUUGGCCGGCCACUCCCAGGUGUCCACGUGUACAUUCUCGGGCCGAACCUCGAGCUCCUCCCGAUUGGCGCGGGCGGCGAGGUGUGCAUAGCAGGGAUACACGUGGCGAGAGGGUAUUGGAAGAGGCACGGGGAGACUCGGCAGAGGUUUGUAAGCAACCCGUACGGCAUGGGAGUGCACGACAGGAAGCUGUUCCGAACCGGGGACCGAGGCAGGUGGUUACCAGACGGGUGCGUGCAGUUUCUGGGGAGGUUAGAGCAGCAGGUGUAUAUCCGAGGGCUGAGUGUGGAGCCGGUGCAAAUAGAGGAAGCGGGGAGUAAGGUGGACGGGGUGGCCCGCUGUGUGGUGGCGUUCAGGGCGCAUGACCCUGGUAGACAGCCGUAUCUCGCUGCCUAUCUGCUGUUGAAGCCGUCGCUUGCAGCGGCUGCUGCUGCUGUGGCGGCUGCAGGAGAGGCAGGGAUGGGUGGAGGGGCUGGAGGGGAAGCAGGGGCGGGGGCAGGGACGGGGAAAGGGGCGGGGAAAGGCGGGGGGAAGGGGGUGCAGACUCCAGCUCAGCAGCUACUGGCGUCACAGCAGUUAGCAGCAGUGAUUCCCAAGAAGGUCCGAGAGUAUUUUAGAUCCACCCUCCCUCCUCAUGCCGUUCCCUCAGCCAUCCAUGUGAUUCACCACCUCCCCUGGACCAAGACAGGCAAGGCCGAUCGCUCCCAACUCCCUCUGCCACCCACGGAUUCCUUUUUUGUCUCUUGUGACGAGGACGGGUCUGUGGGCGGCACGGGGUUGGGAGCGGGUGGUGGGGAACCGCUAGAGACGGCGGAGGAGCGGGCAGUUGCGGUGAUUUUUGCCGAGCACUCUCUCGUGCUCGUGUGGAAUCCCCUCAUCUUCGACGGCGUGUCUUCCUCGCUUUUUUACUCCGACCUCCUCCAGGUUUACAAGGCGGGCGGCUCGGCGGCUGACCUCCCCGCAGUCGCCAGCUACGCGGAUUUCGUCCUGUGGGAAAAGGACAACCUGGCAUGUGCCGGGCAUAGGGAGUGGGACCUGGGGUUCUGGAAGCAAGCAGUGGGUGUACCUCCCCCAAAACUACCUCCCCAGCUGCAACCCAAGGUAGACGAAAGCGGGAGCGAAGGAGGCGGAAGAACAGGCAGAGGAGGCCGAGCAGGAGCAGUAGCAGGAGCAGGAGGAGGAGCAGGAGGAGGAGGAGGAAAGGGAGGAGCAGCGGCGGCGGCGGCGGCAGCGGUGGCGGCGGGAGGGUUGGCGUUGGCGCUGCGGAAGGGGCAUGUGGAGGUGCUGAUUGCAGCGAGCACACGGAGGCGGCUUGAAACCUACGCCUUCCACCGCGGUGCCACCCUCUCCAUGGCCCUCCAAACCGUUCUGCACGCCUUGCUACACCUCUGGACCCACCAGCACUCUGUCGCGAUCGCCGUCCCGGUCGCUAGGAGACAAAUCCUGCCGCUCCAGUCGGUAAUCGGGCGGUUUUCGGAUUUGAUUCCGGUGGUGACGGAUAUGAGAAAGCAUCUGAGCCCUCCGUUGGUGGUGGCUGGACGGCUGAGAUCGUUUACAUCUUCGAUCAGCCGAGCGUCGUCGUGUGUGUCGUCCCGAUGCGUGUCUCCUUCGACCUCCCGCCAGUAUUCCAUGCUUUCCCCUCGCCUCUCUGCUUCCACCCCUGCUGCUGCUGGGGUUGCUGGGGGUGCUGGCUUCGGUGGGCCAGGUUCGGGCUUCCGACCCUCCAGCCACGGAGGCCGGAGCUCAGGAAAGGGAGAGGGGGAUAGGCCUGGUUCGGCAGCGGGGAGAGGAUCAGGAGGGGGGAUGGAGGGAGGUGGUGGGGGGUACUGCAGUAGUGGAGAGGAAAGGGAAGACGGGGCAGCUUCGACAGCGGAGAGAAUAGGUGCUGCUGGUGGUGGCAGUGGUGCUGCUAGUUGCUUACGUCCUGGGAUGCAUGGGAGGAAGGGGGAUGGACGGAGAGGGGGAGGAGGAGCUGGAGCCGGGGGAGGCGGAGGUGGGACGGGAGGGGGAGCGGGGCGGAAGCUGUGUCUGCCCAGUGAAGUGCAUGCUAUUGGGGAUGCUGACUCGCCUCCCCUGCCCUCCCCUCGCUCCUCCCCUGCUCCUGCUGCUGUAUCAACUGUGGCUGCUGGGAUGGGUGUGACUGGUGCGCCUGCUAGCGCUGCUGCUGCUUUGAGGCUAAUCGCGGCUGCUGAUGCUGAUGGGACGAAGCAGGGGCAGCAGGGGCAGGAGUUUGUUCAGGGGAGUGGCGGUGUGGGGGUCGGCACUGACGUGCUUUCUCUCGCUGCAGCUGCUGUUGCCACAGGGAAGGGGGGGAGGCGUGGGGAGGAGAAUCGGGCUGGUGGGGGGAGUGGGGGGGUUGGGGGGAGUGGGUUGGUGCCAGGGAAGCAGGCUGGAGGGGUGAAGGGGAAAGGGGCGGAGGGGGGAGGAGGAGGGAAAGGGGGGGGAAUGGGAGGAGGGAAGGGAGGGGGGGAGAUGUGCAAUGACCACAGGAUGUCUGAGGGUGUGUCCUUUGAACAACUGCUAUUCCAAGUCCGAGAGCACACGCUGCAGGCGCUGCAGCACCAGUCCAUCUCCCUCCGUCUACUCGCCUCAGCACUGCAUCCCACCGCACCCGACCCCUUCACCUCCCCCUUGGCCCUCGCAUCCUUCGCCCUCACACACCCCGGAACCGACUCUCCCCCGAACCUACUCCCCCUAGAAGACUCCCUAGUAGGGGACCUAGAUCUAGAAGCUUCUGCUGCUUCUGCUGCUGGUGGGUUUGGUGCCGCGAGUGCCGCUGGUGCCGGUGCUGCUUUUGCUGGUGGUGCUGCUGGUGGUUUUGGUGGUGGAAUCGGUGGGGUGGGGGGUGGUGGGGCGGAGUUUGGAGGGAGUGUGGGUGGCGGCUGGUGGGGCGGUGAAGUGGCGCUGUUUCCCUUGGGAUUGUCGCUGCGGCCGCUGAGAGACGGGCGGCUGGCUGGGCGGCUGACUUACCAGGUGGAUGCAGUGCCUAGAAGAAUCGCUGAGGUGCUAGCGAGGCAGGUAGAGCGACUGGCAGAGGCAGCAGUGGAGUCGCCGUGGCCCCUGCUGCUGGAUGAACCGACAGUCAGGGCGCUCAAGCAGGCUAGGAGGCGAGUGGGGGUUGGGGAUGGGGGGAAAGGGGGUGGUGGAGGGGGUGGGGGAGGGGGAAUGGUGGGGCCGAUAGGGUGCAUGCCGCUGUGUAUAGGGCGGGAUAGACGGGUGUUGAUGAGGCAAGGGUCGUCAGAUUCGGAUGAGUCUGAUGUGAGCGUUUGA